GCCACCCCCAUCACCUUAUGUUGAAAAAAGCGGCAGCGUUCUCCAUGGAAACCACAGCCCUCUGAGGCUGUUGCAGCUAAUCCUCAGGAGCUUACUCAACUCUUACUCCUCGUAAGAGGGUUUUAGCACCAGCACCAAUGCCCAGGAAUUCUCCCCAAACAAGCUGCGGAUCUUCUGUCUAUCCCACCGGAGGAGGAAAACAAACCUAGUAGCAGCAGCUGAGAGGAGCAGAGGGGAGAACGCUUCGUCCGGCUUUGGCUGACCGUUCAGCACUGUGAGGGUUGGUUCAGAUAGAGGCGUGCCCACCGAGCCCUCCUGUCCUCCACCAGAUCAGGCAGGCCUAUUAUCAACGCCUCCGUCAGCUCUUCUUUUCUGGAAGCUUUCAGCUCUCUCUUAUCAAUCACCUUGAUCCAAAUUCCUCUCUCAAAUUGCGUUUGUGUCCGUCAUCUCCUUGUUGUCUCGAGCUCUAAGCCAGUCCUGGGAGCUUGAGGGAGUCAGACAGCCUUGGUAGGAACAUGCACUUCCGGAGCAGCGCUCCCACUUUGCUGCUGUGGCCGCUGCUUCUGUGUCUAGUGGAGGUGGGAGGGCAGAAGCAGGGGUACCUGCAGGAAGCUGUCAGGGCCUUGGAUCUGCCCCUAGGUACCAACGACGAGCCACAGCUCCAAAAGAACCACGUUGGAAUCCUGAUCACCAAGCUUCUCUGGGAGGUGCGCUGUGCAGAGCGGACUGGCCCCUCUCAGGAUGUCUGUGACAAGUGCCUGACACCAGAUGUAGCGCUCUCUGUGCUAGAGCAUGAUGGGAAGGCUUACCUUACUGAGGAAGAUUAUGAGCGGAUCUCCACUGUUCUGCUGUACUACAUAAUUAACUUGCAAGACCUGUGUGUGUCAAAUGCUGCCUCCUUUUCCUCGUCCUCCUCCUUUGGGAACUUUCAGUAUUACAUUUUGGCCCUGACCAACCUACACCCGGCUGAAGACAACCACUUCCUAUCAUCAAGUGAAACACAAAGUAUUCUGCAGCUCAUCAACCAGAACUACAACCCCUCCAAUCAAGACGCCUCUAAUUUGCAAUGUAUGGAUGCCGCUCACCUCUUUCAAGAUGUUAACGUCCAAGAAAAUCCAGGUGCUGGUGUGUCUUCUGUGCCUAAACUAGCAGCUGCCAUCAUCAGCCAUAUCCUGCAGGGCCACUGUUUCAGACAGACGGACCUCCCGUCCCCGGCUUUCUUUACCGACUACAUCUUUCAAUCCCUAAACUGCACAAGUAACCUACAGAUAAAAGAUUUAGAGCAGUUGCUUUAUCAGCUGGGAGUAGGACAGGAAGCAGCAUCACACUCUCACAACAGGAAGAGGCGGAGUUCACAGAAAAGGACUGGACCGCCGCUGGAUGGUUUCAACCAUCAAACUGGUGAAAUGAGCAGAGACUGGGCGCAGGUAUGUUUUUCAGCCAAUCAGCUGGUGGAUAUUUUUGCUCUGAGUCCUCAUUUGCCAAUUUCCAAGGAGCACCUCAGACAAAUGUGCCCAGCCAUCAUUCAGCAGUUGCUAGGCAAUGCCUGCGAGUCUGCAGAGCAAAAAAGAACAGGAUCUUUGCCCACCGCUCUUGAGAAAUAUGGCUACAGCACGGCUGCCGUCCUGCUCAUCACCGUGGGCUCCAUGCUGGGUAUCUGCCUGAUCUUCUUCAACUCCUGCCAGGAAACCUACACCCUCAUCCUGCAGCUGUUUGUGGGCCUGGCGGUGGGAACCCUCUCAGGAGAUGCACUCCUGCACCUCAUACCACAGAUCCUUAGCCUCCAUGAUGACACUCUCAGUCAUGAGGACGAUCACUUUACAGAAGGAAAGGAGUAUCUGUGGAGGAUUCUGGGGAUUAUUGCAGGGAUCUACAGCUUUUUCCUCAUUGAAAGAAUCUUUUCCUUUUUUGUUACUUCUCAUGGCCAUGGUCAUAGUGACCUACCCUUAGAGCUCAACUGCAAUGGCCAGUCACAGAGGGGCAAGUCUAUCUCCACCAUACAGCUGGGCCCAGUGGAUGACUUGGAGUGUACAGAUGUGUCUCCCGAACACUUGGGCGGAAUGAGUCCUUCACAUCAUAAACAAGGGGUUCCUCUGCUGGCUGUGAUGGUAAUUGUGGGAGACAGCCUUCAUAACUUUGCCGAUGGCCUGGUUGUCGGGGCCGCCUUCUCCUCUUCAGCUGAGACCGGCAUGGCGACCACCGUGGCCAUCCUGUGCCACGAGAUCCCACACGAAAUGGGGGACUUUGCAGUGUUGUUGAGCUCUGGACUCUCAGUGAAGACUGCUGUGCUAAUGAACUUUCUCAGUGCUCUGACGGCCUUCAUGGGCCUUUACAUCGGACUGUUUGUGUCCUCGGAGAUGGAAGUGCAGCGAUGGAUCUUCGCUGUUACUGCUGGGAUAUUCCUCUAUUUGUCACUGGUAGAAAUGCUUCCAGAGAUGAGUCGAGUGAAGACCGACAGACCAUGCCUCAUGUUUCUCCUACAGAACCUCGGCCUGUUGAUGGGUUGGGCUUGUCUUCUGCUUCUUGCACUCUUUGAGCAUGAACUCAAAUUCUAAAUAUACGUGAGUCACAGGUUUGAGCCAAAACAAAUGUUGACUUGUUUUCUAGUGUUUUUUGUUGUUGUUUUUUUUAUUUAAAGUGCUAGUGCUAGCUAUUUUAUGAGGUUUUAGUCUCUGCACUGGAUGAUAAAUGUACGAUAGCUGUUUGAAUCCUUUUUUUUAUUGAUGAUUUAUUUUUGUAUGUUAGGUAUCUGGACACUAAAAUGUUAAAACUCUAAUAAUGACCUUAUUUGGCAAAUUCAUUUACAAUUGUGCACAUUUGUUGUUUUGUGAAAUUUCAACGUUGCUUCAGACAAUCAAAUCCUUUGAUUUUAAAGUCAUGUCUGACAAGCAAAAUAUAAAGUAUUGCAAAUCUA